CGGCCUUUGGUCUGCUAUUCCAAUUUGAUAAUGAAGGUGUUUGUCAGUUCGUUGAAUAUCCCCAUCGGAUACACCACGCCUCGGUUCCCGGCGUUGUACUGGCCGUUGGGGGCCACGCAAUCUGAAUAUCAACAACUGUUUUUAUACUACUCGAUAGAUAUUUGGAAAUUCACGGUUUAUUGGUCGCUCAUACUCUUUGGAGCCAUCUACUUGCUAGUGGGAUGCAUUGCUGCACUCAAUAUUAGCAUGAAUCCUUAUCGGUUCUCCCAGUAUGGUAAAGAUAAGCCUAAACCUGAUAAAUCUAAUGAAUAUAAUGAAAAAACAAAACAACUACUGCCAUAUUCAAAACUGGGGAUCCUCAAUAGUCUCUUGGUGAUUGUGAUCUACGUGCUAUCAGGCUCGAUUCAGGGUUUCGUCAGUGGAGCCGUGGUUGGAGUCAUGUUGCUGGCCAUCUACAAAGCUGGUUCUUUGCCGAUGAGUUGUUGGAUCCCGCUUUCGUGGGGUAUUGCUCUGAUUCUAUUUAACAUUUGUAAUUCUUACCGUACAAGUUCUCUGAUUUUAUAGAUUAAUAGGUGUAUUUAUGUAUUUA